ACACUGGUGCAUCCAAAAUGGCGGACUCAGAUUCUUGGGACGCGGACAGUUUUGAACCGGACGAGCCCGUUCAGAAGGCAACAGUGCAUGAUAAGUGGGAAGGAGAGGAUGACGAUGAAGAUGUGAAAGAUAACUGGGAUGAUGAGGAAGAAGAAAAGGUGGAAGACACCAAAGCAGUGGCAAAGCCAUCAGAGAAGAAGAAACUUAGUGAUAAAAUUAAAGAAAAAGAGAGUUUAGAGAGAAAAAAACAAGAGGAGCUUCAAAAUCGGUUAGAGGAAUCAGAAGACACGACAGAGCUCACACCCGAGCAGGAGUUAGAAGAUAAACUUGGACUGGAAAAACUUCAAGAGGAUUCAGACUUGGAACUAGCAAAAGACACUUUUGGUGUAUCAAAUAACGUAACGGGUAUAGAUGCUAUGAGUCCCUCCUCCAAAGACGACUUUACAGAGUUUGAGCGGUUGCUAGUAGAAAAAAUAACUCCAUAUGAGAAGUCGAUACACUAUUCCAGCUUUUUAGAGUCCCUGUUUAGAGACCUGUGUCUUUCAUUGGAAGUUGACGACCUGAAAAAGAUAAACAACUCACUUACAGUGCUACUCGGUGAGAAGCAAAGGCAAGAAAAGCAAAACAAAGGAAAGAAGAAAAAAAAAGGUGUUUUACCAGGAGGUGGGUUAAAAGCCAAGUUGAAGGAUGACCUGGAUGACUACGGCGAGUUUGACGGUGGUUAUGCACAAGACUACGAGGAUUUCAUGUGACCCCAGCUUCAUCACCCAACACAUUUCAUGACUGCUUUUCAGCAUGACCUCUCCUUACAACCAGACCCUCACCAGAGCCAUGCUAGAGAACUGAAACUAAGUCAUCCAAUGGAACAGAACCUAAGUGGUUUAUUCUGAAAGAGACUUAAUUGCAGUAUUUUUGUUUGUUUAUAUAGACUAGGUCAGUCUUAAGGUUUGCUGUGGAAAGCAGUGAUGAUCCGCUUACAUACUCAAGUAAAAUAAGUCAAAAUGAUGACGUGAAACAUCAGCUUCACAUGAAAUCCUAUUAAAGACUGACAGUAUAACUGUUUAAAUCGGCUACUACUUGACAUUAAAAUAAAUUUGACAGUCUAUGCAAA